GAGCUGCACUUGCCCACAAUAUGACCAAGGGCGCUUGGAUGUGUCGGCAACAAGAUAACGGAUUAAAAAUCUGGUAUGUCCCCCGACAGAACGACAAACCCUGCACGGAUUCAGAACGGGCCCAGAAAUGGCGACUGUCCUUAGCAUCUCUGUUGUUUUUUACGGUCCUUCUAUCUGAUCACUUGUGGCUGUGUGCGGAGGCGAAUCUGACCAGAAGCAGGGACCAGCAGCAGAACACUUCAGCAGAGCCGACGGGGGGGAAUCAUUCACUUUCCCCCAUAUUCUCCAGAGCUGAUCAGGCAAGGAGCACCAUCAGCAGUGAGAAACGUGCUUUUUUUCUAGGUAAUGCCACUACCAGACCUAUCUGCCAACUGGAACCGUGUUCCUCACAUUAUCUCUCUGAGCAGUGUGUAAGUAUUGAAGAUGCUGAGUCUGUCUGCGGCAGCGUGAGUGAGCAAGCGAGCGAUGGAUCCCCACCGCCGUCGUUCAACAAUUUCCACCUUCCCUUUUGUGAAUCUUACACCCUUUCGGAACUGUUCGCCGGGAUGUCGAGACCAGAGGGCUCGAACUGCGACCUGAGCCUUGUGCAGGACGGCGAUGCCACAGUUUGCGUUCAGUGCGUUGAGAUUUAUCAGCGGUUAGACCAACAUGCCCAAGAAAAAUACGAAGAGUUCCAGAGCUUGUUUCAGAAGUAUUUGCAGUCGGGAGAAUACUCUGUGAAAAGUUGCAUCGAUGACUGCAAGACUGUCUACAAAGCCUGGUUGUGUUCCCAAUACUUUGAGGCCUCACAGUUUCACUGUAGUUCCAGAAUUCCGUGCAAGCAGUAUUGUUCAGAGGUCCAGACCAGGUGUCCGUUUGUUUUACCAGACAAUAAGGACCUUGUCUAUGGUGGAUUGCCAAGUUUCCUCUGUGCAGGGCUGCCCAACAAUCAUCCAACCAAUGCUGAUCCAGAAUGCUGUGAUGUCAGAUGGGAGACCCAUAAUGCAGCUUCAAAUAAACAAUCCAAAGGAGCAAGAGGAACAACCAAGCCAGUAUUGUGUCACAGAUCAUCGCUGACUUCGUCAGCAGCAUCAAGACUGUGUAACACUAGACUCAAACUGUGUGUUCUGGUACUCAUUCUGUUACAUACCGUAGUGACAGUGUCUGCAACACAGACUAGUACUGGAUUGGGCUCUGGAGGGCUGGCUGCUUGGGAAGAUAACUCAACCAAUGAUGAAUAGGAACUUGCGUUGAUUUUUGAUUUCCACACUGCAGACCCUAUGUUCAAAGGAUCGUGGUUGAAACUGACAGAAAUUGGAUCUGUUGACCUCUAAAUCACACAUUGCCAGAUCACCUGGGUGACUGAAGUAAACAUGUGAGAUAAACUCAUAUCAAGAAAGUUACAAACAGAUUUUACAGAUUGAAAGACUGCAACACAAGACUAAAGACCAUGCCAUUUUAUACAAGUGUUUUAAUGUUUAGACUUUUCCUUUGUUGAACUAGUUACUACAGACCUUUGGGUUCCUGGAACAGUUUCUCUAUACUAAAUUCUGUCUGUAUUUCUAGUCAUAGUGUGCCUCCAUCCAGUAGUUCUUCUCCUGUUACAUUCUAUAGGUUUACAGUAAGGCAAAAAACUGCUACACCAACAUAACACAGCAGAUAUUAACUUCCUUUCUCCCAUGCAAAUUCUUUGUUCUUGUUUCAUGUCAAGCAUUCACAAAUUGGUCUGUUCUACUCAAUAUUAAGUGAAAAGAUCAAACCAAUCCAUAUUCCAUGCAAUAUAUAUCUGGCUCUAUCACUGUUCACUACCCAGUUGAAUGGAACAAAGGAAGCCAGGGGAUACAAGGCUUCCUCCUAAGUCAGUCAAGCUGAAUUUUGUGCUUUUUUCAGCUGUGAAGAUGUCACUGAAUCAUUAACAGUUUCUUGAACUUUAAGAAAUAUUUAGUCCAGUUCCGAUGCCAGGAUCAGCAAUCAUAUAAUACAAAACAAAUUAUGUAAGCCACUUAAUUGCAUAACCCUCAAAUAAUGUGCCAGCUGGAUUCUUUCUGCUAUCAUAGGAUAAAUAAUUCUCUUGCUAGAAAUUAAUGAAAAUUAGAGCUCUAUGGAUCAUAUUAAUUUAACUGAAGAUAAAAUGGUGAGCACUUCACUAGGUAGCUGAUGAAAAUACCUGAAGGCCAACUGAUGCUUCAAUCAUCAAAAUUAAAACAAUACUAUUAACUUGUCAGUGCAUAUUGUGUUCACAAAUUUAGCUGCUACAAGUAAUUGUCUUUGGAAGCCAAAUACUUAUUCCACAUAUAAAUCUCUACAAUUUUUUUCAUUGUCAAUGUCAUAUAACAAGGAUACAAACUGCAUAUUUUUAGUUUGGUUAUAAUUUGAAGCAAAAUGCAAGAAACUAACAUUUAUUUUUCAUUUGAUGAUCCAAUAAACAGGUCUUUAUGUUUAAAGGUUAAAGGAUUUUCCUUAUAGUUUUUUAGCCACUUUUCCAUGGAGUAGCACUUAACAAAAAAAUGACUGACUAUGGUUAGAGUUCAAUUGUGUCCUCUGACCCAAGGUAACUGUUGAAAAAGCAUAUAAGUAAUUCAAUACAGGUCAUUGUACACUAGAAGACAUAUGAUCAAACCUUGUUCUAUGGUUCUAUGGUAAACCCUACUCUGUACAAGGAUCCACAUAUGAGAGAAACCUUGAACACCCUGACUUGUGAGUAUAGCUAAUUAUCAUGCAUAUCACCCCUUUUCAAAAUGUGACCUUUGUUGUUUGAUUUUUGCAGUUAGAUUUGGGGCAUUUACCAAUGAAACUCCACAACUUGGUGUUACCAGUGUCAGAAAAUUGGCUUUUCUAUUGGUAUUAGCCCAGUUCACUUCUAAUUUACUAUUUAGUUUUGAUCCCUACUUUAUUUAGAUUCUUUAUCAUCCCUUUGCCUUAACCAGUGACUAAAAGGGGUGAAGGUUGUGUAAUGGCAUCGCACUGCAAACACUGAAACACCAGGAAGGGUGAAUUUUAUAUCUUCACAGAUGGAUGCAAAGUCACGGAUUAACUGGUUAAGUUUCCUAAUUAAUUUCUGACCACAAUAGAAAUAUUUCUCCUGUUGUUGCCGGAGAUUCUUGAAUAAAAGUGUUUUUCUUUUUUUUUCAAGUAUCCAUUCUUUCUGACAACAGAGAUCAACGAUAAUAGAAGUCAAUACGCCUUUGUUUCUUCUUCA